GUUGCUCAAACCGCUCAAUGCUAUCGAUCACAUAAACCCAAUAUUGUGUUCUUGUAUUGUGUUCAUAUAUAUGCAUGCUUUAUUCUGUUCUGGUCGUUUAUAUUAAAAUUUUAAUUCAUCAUUUUCGUUCCUUUGGAUUUUAAACUUAUUGUGUAUUGUAAUUUAUCCAUCAUCGAAGACAACGAUACAUAUAUGAUGGUGAUGAUCAUACAAGAUCAACAAAAAAAAACAUGCAUAGAAAAACUGUUUUAAAUGUAUCGAUUUGAUGAUGAAUUUAUUCUUUUUGUCACUACUGAUAUUGGUGGCCAACGGGUAUUGCGAUUAUAUAAAAUUAUGGCCCCUUUAAUUAUUAAGAAUUUCUUACCUCAAUCUUUGAGUUAUGGUUUUAUGGGCUAUAGUAAUUGUGUUGGUUCAUUGAUUCGAUUCGAAUAUAAUGUGAAUAUAUUGAUAAUAAAUAUGCCCGGCGAACAUUUUUGUUCAUUCUGGAUAAGAGAAAAGUGAUUUUGAAAACUUUUUUUCGGAAACGGAAUUAUAUGCUGCAGAUAAAUUUGUUUCAAAAUUUUGUUUGCCUAUUGUGUCUAAAAUAAUAUCGUUCACAUGGAUAAUAAAUUACGAAUGCUAAUCAAUUGCUUCUCACUUCUAUUUCUUUAGCCGAAAUUAUAUCAGGUAUUGAAUAUAUAGUUUUUCUUGAUUUGAUUUGAACAAGCAAUCAUGCCACCAAGACGAACAAAACGUAAAUCGGUAACAACGGCCAAAACAUCACCGGCAAAAAAAAUUAAACAAAUUGUUGAAGAUGAACAAGAAGAAUCAAUGUCCAUGUCACGUGAUGAAGAUGGUGAAGAAAUAAUCAAGGAAGUGGCCAACGUUGACGAUGAUGAUGAGGUUUCGACAAUGAAUAUUCGAGACGACAUCAAAGAGGAUUCUAUUCAACCAAAUGGAAUGAACUAUACAACAGAUGAAAUGAAUCAACAUGAUGACGAGGACGAGGAAAUUGAUGAUGGAAAUCAUCAUAAUGGUAACGAUAAUAAUGAUGAUGCCGAAGAUGAUGAUAAUGAAAUUGAAAUUAAAGAUGAGCUAAAAACACCGAAAAGCAAAAGUAAAACGUCGGAAACUAAAUCGAAUUCCGAUUCGAAAUCAAAAUCAUCACCAAAAAAAGGAUCAACAUCAUUAUCAUCAUCGAAAAAAGAGGAUAAAGAAAUGAAGAAAAAAUCCUCAGGUAAAUCCACUGGUAGUAGUAGUAGUAGCAAAAAACAUGAAAAUGAUUCAAAGGACAAAGAUUAUGAUGAUUCCUAUUUCAAACGAAUGCAUCGUAGAGCACAGGACAAAUUUCAUGAUCCAACGGAUGAAGAACUUUUUAUUGAAAACCUUAUGAAUAAUAUAAAGGGAAAAGAAUUUAAAUUAUGCAAAUAUCGACAUUCAUCCGCCUGUAUUGUAUGGUUAUUGGAAAAUAUGAAUGACUUUAAUAAAUCAAAAAAAAUUAUCGAUAAAAUAUCACCAGAAUUAUUUACGAUUGAUUGGACAACCGAUGUGAAUACACAUGCUGUAUUGGAAAGUAUUUAUGAUAUACUCAUGAAAGAAUUGGCAAAACAGAAAGAUUUGGAGACUGAUACUGCUAAAUGGAUUCUUAAAUGGAUGGAUGGUGUGGCUAAAUUUGUCAUCGAUAAUCUUAAGUCGUUUCUGAAUGAAUCUACUGAACGUGAGAAUCAUUUGUUGAUCACAACUAUGGAAGCAUUGGGUGGUAUUCGAAUCGGCCGUGGUUGGAAUCGAAAAAAUAUGCGUUUUGGUAAUGCUGCUGGUGCUAAAAUCGAUCUCGAAGCAAUGAUUUCAGGCGAUAUGAUCAUCAAAGAAAUACCACAAUCUUCGAAGCAUUUCCUUAAACGUUUAGCCAAAGCUAUCGUAUUGGAUGCAUCCGAUGAUGAAUGUCGUGAAUUAAUUUUCUCGCGCUGUACCAGUGUGGGUCAAUAUUUAUUGUUCAUAUUGAGAGUUCGUUAUACGGAAUUAUGCCAAAUGGUCGUUAAAAAAUUGGUUGAAAUUGUUUUUGCUACCAAUGAGAUUCGGGAUCAGAUUUGUCAAUCAGCUAAUGGAGCUUAUAUUGUGGAAAUUAUGUUAUUGGUGGCAUCCGAAUCACGGUUGAGUAAAAUUUGGACUAAAUAUUUGAAGAGCAAUUUGAAAUUAUUCUGGAGGCAUGAAAUUUCUCAAUUUAUCAUCCAGCGUUUGAUUGAUGCUAUAAAAGACGAGAAUCUGUUUAGCGAUGUUUCUCAGGAUUUGUUUCCUGAUCUCAAAGAAUUAUUUCAAAUAGGCCGUUCUGGUAUUGGAGUUUGUUUAGCCAAGAAUUGUCAUGAUCAACCAAAAAUGCAAACACCAUUGGUGACAGCAAUGAUGAAAGCGUUUGAUUCUUAUGAACCAAAGGAUAAACAAUUGAAUGUAGUGCCACAGAUGUUAUUCUAUGAACCAUCACCAAAUUCGGAUCGUCGCGAUUCGCAUAGCCGACGAAAUUUUGCCAAUCAAAUUUGGCUAUAUGGAUCAUUGAUGUUGCAGCAUAUGUUUACUUAUAAAGAUCCAUAUAAAUUAUCCAAAAGUCUGCUAUCAAUGUCUAUUGAUAAUCUUAUGCGUACAUGUCAGGAUCGAAGCGGUAGUCAUGUGAUUGAUAGCUUUCUACAAUCUCCAGACGUUGAAUUGAAACAUAAAUCCGAAUUAGUCGAAAGACUUUUGGGUAAAUAUCAUCUGCUUGCAUGUAACAAAUAUGGUUCACGUAUUGUUGAAAACAUAAUGAAAUUAUCGAAUGAACAAGUUCGUGCUGCGAUUACACAAGAAUUAUCAAAAAAAGAAUCUUUAUUGAUGAAAAAUCGUAAUGGAUGGUUUGUGGCAAAAAAUGUUGGCAUUCAUCAUUUCAAGACUCGACCAAAUGAUUGGCGUGAUGUUGAACGUGGCAGAAUGAGACGAAAUCGUGAAUUUGGUGAAUUUACUCCAAUCUCAAAACAUCGACCUGGCAUUAUUGGAGGGGAUCGACAUAGCAGUAGUGGACGUCCAUCAUUUGGUGGUAAUCAUGAUCGUCGACCAUCACCCGAUAGUCGUCGUCGUGAUGGUCGUCGAUUUGAACGUAGAGGUAUCGGACGACGAUUCCAUUAGGAUCGAUUAAUUCACCAAUAGAUCUCUCAUCUCUAUCCUUAUAAUAAAAAAAAAUAUAUAAUUUUCAUCAAUCGAUUUCUCAUUAAUAUUUCUAAAAACGGCAAAGAUGAAUUAUAUACUAUAUACGGCCGA